GGGGGCGGGUCUGCCGGCCGGGGGGGCGGAGCUUCCGUCGUUCCCAGCGAUUCCAGGGACGGCGGAGCGGGGCCGUGGCGCACAGCGUCCAGAAGUGGGCGGGUGUCUGUUGCCAGAGUAACCGGGCGUUGGAGUCGGUGCUGGUGUCCUGUUCUCAAGGCGUUGCCUGUUUCCUUGUGCUGAGCUUGAGACGAUGAAUCAUGGUGAAAGAUUCGUUUUCAUUACAGAGUGGUAUGAUCCAAAUGCUUCCCUUUUUCGACGUUAUGAGCUUUUAUAUUACCCAGGGGAUGGAUCUGUUGAAAUGCAUGAUGUGAAGAACCGUCGCACCUUUUUAAAGCGGACCAAAUAUGAUGACCUUCACUUGGAAGACUUAUUUAUAGGCAACAAAGUGAAUGUCUUUUCUCGACAGCUGGUACUCAUCGACUAUGGGGAUCAGUAUACAGCCCGCCAGUUGGGCAGCAGGAAAGAAAAAACAUUAGCCCUGAUUAAACCAGAUGCAAUAUCAAAAGCUGGAGAAAUAAUUGAAAUAAUAAACAAAGCUGGAUUUACUAUAACCAAACUCAAAAUGAUGAUGCUUUCAAGGAAAGAAGCAGCAGAUUUUCAUGUAGACCAUCAGUCAAGGCCCUUUUUAAAUGAGCUGAUCCAGUUCAUCACAAGCGGCCCAAUCGUUGCCAUGGAGAUUUUAAGAGAUGAUGCCCUAUGCGAAUGGAAGAGACUUCUUGGACCUGCAAAUUCGGAGAUGGCUCGCACAGAAGCCCCAGGAAGCAUUAGAGCCCUUUAUGGAACAGACGGCCUACGAAACGCAGCUCAUGGCCCUGAUUCAUUCGCUUGUGCUGCCAGAGAAAUGGAGUUAUUUUUUCCUUCUAGUGGAGUUUGUGGACCAGCGAACACUGCUAAGUUCACCGAUUGCACCUGUUGCAUCAUUAAGCCCCAUGCCAUCAGUGAAGGUAAUUCUUUAGGAAAAAUUCUGAUGGCUAUCCGAGAUGCAGGCUUUGAAAUCUCAGCCAUGCAGAUGUUCAACAUGGAUCGAGUUAAUGUUGAAGAGUUUUAUGAAGUUUAUAAAGGAGUCGUGUCCGAAUAUAACGAGAUGGUGACAGAAAUGUUUUCUGGCCCUUGUGUAGCCAUGGAGAUUCAACAGAAUGACCCUACAAAGACAUUUCGAGAAUUCUGUGGACCUGCUGAUCCUGAAAUCGCCCGGCACUUGCGUCCUGGAACCCUCAGAGCAAUCUUCGGCAAAACUAAGAUCCAGAACGCCGUCCACUGCACCGAUCUGCCACAGGACGGCCUGUUAGAGGUUCAGUAUUUCUUCAAGAUCUUGGAUAACUAGCAGUGGAGGAAGUAAGGAAGGCCCAGACUGGGGCAUUUAGACAAGAGUGACUCGUGCACGUGAGGAAUGUUCAUUCUUUUAUUGUCCAUUGUUUUCACCUGACUGAAUACAAGGUCGACAAGAGCACUGAAUCCUGGCAAUUGUUACAUAUGUUAGGACAUGGAUUUGCACUGCAGACAACGUGGAACACCAGUCUAUGGGGGACUGCGUUUGCUUUUUAUAAAGUCCAAAAUAAAGAUUUAUUUUUCAAACAAGUGACUUUGGUUUAUUUCAUACAUUACACUUUUUUUCUUGCAGAAAAAAAUAAAAUUGUACAACUGCAUAAAUAUAAAAUUCUUCCACCAUGAAAAUGGUUAAAACAUUCAUGAAGACACAGCACCAGCAAGUGAUGCCUCCAGAGGAAAGGAAAAAAGGAGUCAAAGAAAAUGUACAAAGCAAAUCAACUAGCCUGAUCACUGGCCAAAGUGAUGGGAGAGCCAGGUCUCCUACACAGCUUCAGAGCAUCCUGGAGGACAAGGUGAGAAGAUGGCAAGACAGCAUUCGCGACAAAGCCCGACGCUACCCCUCACUUCCGGGUUUCUCUGUAGUGUCACUUAAAAUUGAAUGGGAGUUCCCCUGUGACAGCCCAGCCCACCCCCCCACCAGCCCCAGGGGGCAAGAAAGAAAAGACCUAACACCACAGGAAAGACUACGGAGUGUGUUAAAAAUACUCAUUGAUGGGUCACUAUCUGUGAAAGAGCCAACCCCCACCCCCCAACCAAAAAAA